UAUACCUACGCAUCUUGAGCGGGAGCAUCGUUCAUCUGGCAAGACUCGUCCCCGCUUCCUGACGCCGAUUCGACGCUGCAGCCGUGGAGUCACUUCACAAAUAUUUUAGUUUUAGGUAUGGUAGUGUGCAAUGUUUACUAUAUGAACUUCAAACAUUUCUGGAGAAUGAAAAGCAACAUCUGAUACAGGUGAAAUCACCCUUUACUUCAUUUAAUAUAAGGCAGAAAGUGCAAGAUGACGGAUGGUUUAUUGUCGCUUUCGUGGAAUAACCACAAAACUACAUUUUGCCACAUAUUGUCUACGCUUAGAGAGAAGGAAAGAUACUCGGACGUGACCUUAGCUUGUGAAGGAAAGUUUUACCCAACACAUAAAUUGGUUUUAUCUACAUGUAGUGAAUAUUUUGAAAAAAUGUUUGAGAACACUCCUUGCAAACAUCCUGUGAUAUUAUUAGGCAAAGAUGUUAAAUGUGAUGAACUUGAAGCACUUCUUAGUUACAUGUAUGAUGGAGUUGUGUCAGUAGCACAAAAUGACUUAGCACGUUUAAUAAAAGUAGCAGAACUAUUACAAAUAAAAGGUUUAGCAGUGCCUGAUGAACCACCUCAAACGAAGAGAAACUAUUCAUGGAAUUCACGUGAUGACAGAACCAGCCCCCACCCCAAAAGACGACGACGUGAAGAAAAUUUGUCUAGCUUUCAAGCUGGGGAGAAAGUGACCAGCCCACCAGUGUCACCCCUUCGAUUAGAACCUGAACAGACUUGGGAACACAGUAACACUUCAGAAGGAGCCCCAGGAGAGGAUGUUAGUCAAAGAUUAGACUUCCCAGUAAAGCAUGAGGUUGCUAAUACAGUACAAAGUCAGGAAACUACAGAAGAAACUCUAGUCAAAGAAGAAAUUGUGGAAACCGUAGAUGAAACCCCUAAUGAAGAUCCCGGAGCAGAUUACAGUUCCCAAACAGGUGGUGGUGAUACUGGUACAGGCGGAGAAGAGCAUAGUAGUAAAUUUAUUCAACACUUAGAUCCUAUUAAAGCACAGCCUCUUCAUGAGGCUGUUGUUGAGGCAUUGGCGGGGCCCUCUGGAAUGCAAGGGUGGCUUGGUACUGGUGAUAUGGGUACAGGGUUUCCUAUUUUAGAAUCAUUUUCUGAGGAAGGAAACCAGGACCCUCAACCAGUGCCUGUCUCCGGGACGCAGCAACCCCACCAGAUGGUGGAAUCGCAGUGCAAAGGGGCUGCCAGUGAUUCUGCUGUUGCAGCAGGAAACAACAGCUUGAAGAGCACUUCUAUUGAUAGUGUUGCCAUAGUGGUGAGAAGUCCCACUGAUCCGAGUUCUACUAAGAUGUCAGGCUCUACCAAGGAUGGUAUUCCUACACAGGUAUCAAGAAAUAGUAAAUCUAACAUCUCAGUGGUGAGUACUUCAAAUUCAGCAAGCACUAAUGCGACAGAAGAAACCGCAAAGAUUGCUUUCCCAAAGAAAGAUGAUGCUAACAAGGAACAGCAGGUAAAGCCUGCCAAUCAGUGUACAUUCUGCUGUUACUCAACUCAAGUGUGGAGUGACUUGCAGAAGCAUAUGCAGAAACAUCUGCCAUUAGAAAAAAUAUAUCGAUGUGAUAAUUGCAGUUAUAGCAGUGCUAACAAAGGCUCUUUGAAUCAGCAUAUGCGGAUUCACACAGGAGAAAAGCCAUUCGCAUGUCAGUUUUGCAAAUAUCGAGCUAGCCAGAAAUCACACAUAAGUCAGCACAUGGUAAAACAUUACAAAACUUUUUUGUCUCAAUAAAAGGUCUUCAUGGGUUGUGAGAAAAAUUUUUUCCUGUCCAGUAGGCCUUUCAUUACUAUUUUCUUUAUCUGAUAUUGAUGAAGGGCUUAUAUUAUAUAAGCAACUUAUCAAGUAAUUACACAGCCAUAUUCUACCCCUAAUCACAUCAGCUUUUAGAAUUUUAAAUUUUCCAGUGACACUACAUGUUGUUUAAGUGUAGUUGAUAAACUCUGCCCACUUACAGGUACAGAGUUACAAUGUGGCUGACGAGCUCAAUUCACUCCUGCCACUCAGCGAAUGAACAUUGCUUGUGUUCCGUGCAGCCUUGGUUUGGAUUUGUUCACCGGCAUGUUGCUCUUUGUCUCCAUUCAGUGACAUAUUCAUUAAUAUUGCUAGCAUGCGCACUAUAUUUUCAUUUAGCUAGGCUCUGUUAGAACUGUUUAUUUGAGAUGAAGCUUACCUACUAUUAAAGUUAGAUAGGCAUGUCUCUUCACGGAUUAGGCAAGUCAACAUUCAAACAAAAAUUGAAUGGCUACCCAGAUGACUGUUUAGUUCACCUGUUCUCUACCUGAUGUGUUUCGAAGGUUUUAGCUCUUUUCUGUAUUGUAAUUUCAUUUUCCUAGGAUGGCUUCUAUUGGAAGCACAAACAAAAACAUUCAGGCUAUGUAUGAAUGAUUUUCUUGUAAGCAGGUUGUUGGACUUUGAAGUAGAUCAACAUUCGGUUUGUACCAGAUGCAGGAGUACAGAGUGUGACCUUGGAACUAUAUGUGAGGAAUGUAGGGGAUUGUUCAGAGGACUUUAUGCCUGAAUAUGUCAGAUAUAGGAAAGGAGGGAAGCUGAUAGAAUGCAAAAGCAAUUAGAUCAGCACUUAAACUUAUCAGUUCUAUCCAACCUAAUGUCCCUUCAUCUGCAUCUAUCCCUACUCAUGCUAGGCAUUUUGUUAGUGUUAGUAUUGAGGCUGUUUAAUCGAGUUCAUGACGGGAAACGCUCAGAAUCCCUCCAUAGUGUGAGCUCUCUUCGCAUUCCCAUGGUAGAAGUAAGAUGUUGGUGCCCUCGUCUGUAUGUAGCCCAAGCCUUGGACUGCCCUGUGAUAGUGUGCCUUGCAAAAGAGUCAGCUACCAGGGAGCCGGGUCAGUUCUCGGGACAGUAGGGUUCUGUGCUCUCCCAUACCUACUUCAUCCUUUUCACGGACUGAGUCUCCUUCAACGUGUUCAUCUAGGAUUGUUUUGGUAAACUUUAAUCUUCGCUCCAUGUGCAUUUUCUGCCAUCAUCAGCACCUAGUUUGAGGAUGUUAGCACACAUAGGAUUAGUAAGGUAGGUGUGGACAAUUUUAUUGAGAUAAUAAUGUGUCUGUAGCGAGUUUAUUCUAUUUGUAGUGGAACACAAAAUAUUACGUUAACUCAGUCGACAGUUUAACCAAUCUCAUAUUUUGCUUAUUGUAAAUUCUCGUCUUCUAGCCUAUUCCUAUUUCUCUGUUGAAAUGCACUUGUCAUUCUUUGCAUGCUUUUUCUUCAGAUAUCGGCAAAUCUCUUACUACUGCCUCAAUUAUUGUUUCUCAGUAGUAUCUUCAGUUCUUUCCAAGCUAGAUAUUAUUCUAGCUUCCUAACAUUGUAUCAUUUGGGAAUGCCUUCCAGUAUAUUGAUUCGCUUUUGAAUGAGUCGGGAGAGUUGUUGUAACUCCUCUCACCCUGCCUCCCAAUCUUUCCCAUUUUAUUUUAUGCCUCGUUUUCUUUCCCCCAGUUGACUCGUGUAUGCAACUGAAUCUGUGAGUCACUUAAGAUUGUUGUCCUUUCUUCGAGUCAUGGAAUGGAUGCAAAACAGUCGGCAGCUGUCUCCUCAUGUCGCCCUACAGCAGAAAAUUUUGAAUGGGAGAAACUCCUUCGGUUUGAUCAGCGUUUGUUGCAACAUUUCGCUUCUUUGUAUCUUCAUUUUGUUGAGGGAAGAGGUCACUCGCUUGUCUUAGUGUGUUUCAGCACCCAUUAGAUAUAUGGAAAAGAGAACAUAAGCAUUUUCCUUCAAUUAGAGUGUGUUUCGUAACUUUUCUGGUACUCGGUCUUACAAAGCUCCCUUUAGGUCUGCCGUGACUUGCCUUCAUGUUUCUUUUAUCAAGUAGCAGACAGCUGGAGACCACCUCUUGCAAUACAAAAGCUUAUUGGCGCUUAAACCUUCUUCAGCAGGAAGUUCGGUUUCUUUCUCUUUUCUGUGGAGAGACAAAUUAGAGACUGACCGUAUUAGAUGUGCUGAAUGGAGUCUCAGUCUAGCUUGUUGAGUUGUUUUCUUUUACUCAGCAUGCUGUCACUUCUCUGCAUAAGCUUAGAGAAGUGGAGGUGCCAACCUAGUGAGUUUAUGAAGCCAGCUUUAGGGUUUUAGGCGCCAGUGGGAUUUUAACGAGGAAGAGAUUUCGUUUUAACUCACUUCUGAUACUGCAGACUAAUGUUCUCAUGCUGACUUGGUAUGGAAGAAAUUAGAACACUCUUGCUUCUGUCUGCUUAUGCUGCUCAGGUUAAGACGAUAAGGGAGUAUCUAUUAAUACAGUCUUGUUUUAUACCUUUCGGGGAUAAGUGCGGCUGAAAGGUUCUAGGAGAUUGGAGAGUUGCAAACCUCCUGGCAUGCUUGUAGAGACUUGGAACCAGUACCUUACGUGGUGGAGAUGGUGAAGGGGAGUUAUUCUUUUUGGUUGCCCUCCAUGGAUUUGAUCUCCUAUAUCUGUUCCUUGUCUUCUUCAGCAGAAGUCUUUCUUUAGUAGGAGGUUGUGUAUGGAGGUGAAUGCACCAGGUGGUAAUUCAUUGGGAUUUUACCUCUGUCUUUCCAGCUCCAUAAGCAGUUGGAGAUAGGCUUUCAUUCUUGGGCCUUUUGAGACUGAAUAACAUGAAGUGUCUGUCUCCAUACUUUUUGGUUUUUAGCCUGAUUUUUGUGCCUUUCCAAAGAAUGGUCAGACUUGAGAUAGACAUGCAGAAAUGAAUUCCUCAUACCAGUACAUUCUCAGAUAUGCAAAUUCCUUCAAGAUGUAUGUAUGAGAAGGUAUUGCUGUUCAGUGUGCUUUUGGUUAGUGUACUGUGCUCCAUAAGUAUUGUCAGAGAUUUUGUUGCCCAUAGGUAGAAUGUGGCGAUUUUAGGAGCAAGAGUCUUUUCUGCUGAAUGACUGGUUCAAGUUGGCCUGUUGACAGUAUUCCAAAGGCCAAGUUAAUUUGGGGAUAAUACUUAAAAUAUGCAGGCUUGUCUUUCUUUAUUAAUAAACAUGGCCUCACUUGGGAUUUUAUCAGAUAAUCAGGUUCAAUAGACACAGUCUCAGCGUAAGAGAUUACGACUUACAAUUAAUGUUCAUUAAAUUUGUGAGUAAUCCGGAACCAUGUUUCUCUCCAGAUUCUGUAGGUGGGACUCUGUAACCAAGAGUUGUCCAUUUUAUUCUUAAGCCUACAUUUGGGUUUUGUUUCUUCCCUUUGUCAUGUAACACAAAAAGAAUUUUAACUAGUGUCAUUACACUUUAAUACUUAAAAUGGUCAACACGACACCUGGUAAAAUUUUGCAAGUGUUUCAGGGAGCCUGAGACUAGUCCAUGUCUAACUUGUAGCUUUUGGGUAAGCUUGGAGCAUCUUUCUCCCAAACACCCAACAGGAGAUUGCCAGUUUUCGUCUCCUGACCGCCCUUCCAAGUCACAGAAGCACCCAGCAUCAGUGACCAAGCAGUUGACUUCACUCCCAGUAUUCUCAGCACCAUAUGACAACAUGUGGCACCAUGUUUGGAACAUUUGGCGCCCCAUGAGCGCUCUGCCUUCCCUCGGAGCCUGCUGCACACCAAGUGCUCCAGAGGUACCUCUUCGAUUACAUAACACAGUAUUACCUGAUACUUUGCUGGAUCCCAUUCAGUGAUGCCUGGAUGUAAUUAUGGGCCUCUUCAAAGGACUCCUGCAGUAUCACAGGACCCUUCAGGUGCUCUUCAUUCAUCUUAUUUCUUCUUCAGAUGAGGUUUUGUAUCAGACACCUGCUCAUCACCAAGCUUACGCCAAUUUCCUGGAACUUACAUGUUGUCCUCAAGUGGCUGUCACGCCCUCCUUUUGAACAGCCGCGUUUGAUUUACUUAAGGGGGUUUGACUAGGAAAACUAUCAGCAACAGCCAAGAGAGUCAGUGAGCUGCAGGCCAUUGAUAAGAGGGUUGGUUCCUCCUAAGGAGAUGCUGUCUGCCCAUUCACUUUGGGGUCUGGCCAAGAACGAGCAUCUAAGUCCUGGCCCCAUUUUUUUGUCAUCAAGAAUUUUUUGCAAAUUCUUAGACCAGAAGAGGAGAGAACAAUUUGCCCUGUAAGGGCACUGAGGUAUUACCUAGAUUGAAACAAUAUGAUCAGAGGUCCCCCUAGUAACUUCUGUUGCUGUGAAGAAUCCGUCCAAGCUACUUUCUAAGAAUGCAUUGUCGUUCUUUUUGAGAGGCGUCAUCUCGGAGUCACACGCAAGGAUUUGAGAGGAUUUGUUACAUAAUAUGACUGUCAUCAGCCCUCCAAUCAACGUUUUGGUAGUGCGAAUCAAUGUUUGCAAAGCAUUACUUAAGAGAAAUAGAGGACGGUGUUUGAGAACUGCAUUAUACCCUGGGUCCUAUGUCCGUGGCUGGCAUGGUGUUGUCGGAGGAGGCAUAGGAGCUAUGCUUCUAUCCUUCUUCUCUUUUACUUUGAAUAUAAGUGGUCAAAUUGUUUGGGCAGCCCCCGGGGAUACUAUGUACCGGGAUAGGGGUUUUUCUGAUUUGGUGUAGUGGUUUAGUCUUGUUGUUUCUGUGUUAGUACUGCAUCUAGGGCAAGGGGACUUUUUCAAGUUAUGCCAGCUAUCAGAUGAUUCCUUGAGCUGCAUAACUUCUACUAAUGCUUUAUAGCGAUUGGAAUAUUCCUUUGUCUACAUACCAACCUUUGUCUACAGAGAUUCCACUGAAGUAGGGCCUCUCUACAGCUCUACUGCUGCUCUGCUACAGGUUUCGAUGAGCACCAACCAGAGGCAGUAAUUACCUGCUGUAGCUCUCUUACCAGGUAAGGUUAUAACAAGCAUUUUAACCAAUGCUAGCAGACGUCCAUAUUUUGGAAAUUCCUCGUGUCCAUGAAACCCACCUCUUUUCAAUUUUGGAUUCAGCUAUGUAAUUACCGGGCAAGUUACUUAUGUAUAUGAAAAUGACACUUGUAUGAUAAAAUUAAGUUUUAUGUACUAUAUAGGCAAUCCCAGGUUAUCGGAAAUCCUGUUUUAUGAGACUUGUCCAAUGCUGAAAAUCGCAGAGGCAGUUUUCUGCACUGAAUUACGCUGAUUUCCAGUUAUUGUUGCCAAUAAGAAAAUAAUGGUAUCUUUAUACUCAACAGAGAUGCCCUUAACUAGUUAUUGGCACCAAAAUCAGUACUGAAAAUCACUGAUUUUAAGAAAUUUGCAGUUUUCUCUUUUCAAGCCAUCAGAACAGAACCACUGCUGAUAACCUGGAACUGCCUACUUACCAAGUACUAGUUGCAGAAUCGGAG